AUGAGCCCUAGUAUCUCAUUGGAUUCACCCUCUUCACAGCCAGGUGCCAAGAUGGAUGGAACAGAGGGUUUUAAGCGGAUUUGUGCAGAGGAGUGUUUGUGUGUUUUGUGCUAUCUUUUGCUAUCAUCAUCAUCAUCAUCAAGUGAUUCAAGUCUCUGGAAUUUCCUCAGGAUUGUUCAAAGUCCCUUUUUCAUCAUUCUCUAUGUAUGA